AUGGUAGAACAUGAUGGGCUUAUGAGAGUGUUCUGGCCGACAGACGUCGCCCACUCCAAUCGGCCUGGCGUCGUCGUCGGCUGGAGAAACUCAACUCUGGACGUUCUCGUUGUCGCUAUCCUCGAUGAUGUCGACGCCCUCAACGUCGAGUACCACCUUAAGGCUGGAACAUUCUUUCUGGCCUGUCCAUACACACCCGCCCAAGCGUUCGACCUCUGUGGCCACUCGUCGAUGCACAUCCUCGGUGUCACCAACGCCCUCGAUUCCACAACCCUCGACCCAUCGUGGGUCUGUGCCACCACCGGUCCGGCACUGCGCACACCGCGAAUCACCUGCGCCAAGGCCUCGAGCGUGCAGCUGAUCCUCUACGACCGACCGAAGCCUCAAGGCAUGCAAUACAUAUCCCUCAACCCCAUUGCCUUGGCCCUUGAUGACCACGAUCCCGCUUUUUCUCACGUCAAGCCCGACGACGUCGAGAGUAUCGAGGCCAAAAAGGAGCGGAAAGACAACGAGGCUCGUCGCGACCUGGUCCAGAAGCUGAAGCAGCACACCAUCCAGAAAAGGGUGCCGUCGGCGCGUGACCGGGCACUGCCUAAGAUUGUCAACCAGGUCAACUGGUCUUGGGAGCUUGAGCAGACAUUGCAGAAGAAUGUCGGACGCCUGGGCCCCAGGCCGAAGCGCGGGCUUAGUGUGUCUGAGCGCGUUGCCGAGUCGGCCGCCACCAUGCGCAACUACGUUCUCAUGUCUCUGCUCGACUUCUUCACCUUCUACCUGUUCCCCACUAUCCGCCGAGCGUUCAUCCUCCUACUGCUAGCCCACCGCCUGCUCGCCGAGGGGCUGCUCUUCUUGCUCGAGUUUCGCGUGCGACCUGGGUAUGCGGCUCUCAAGGACGUGUCGGCCACAGCUCAACAGAUUGAGAUACGCCUACAACAGUUUUGCUACUGGCCCAUGCAGUAUGUGACUCUGCGCAAGUGGAAUAGCACCUGGGCCAGCAUCAACACCAGCCACGCCGACUACAUCCGCUUCUACAACAGCCUCUGGCUCGUCGCCAACGACGUCAUCAUCGGCCUAGCCCUCGGCUCAUUCAUAAUCGACAAUGCCGACUGGGUUGCCGAGCGGAUAAACGCGCUCCUGCGCACGUACACGGUCGAAGCCCUGCAGAGGAGCAUAUCGUGGCUCAUGGGCUGGCCAGCUGGUCUGAAGCUGAAUGGAGAGCUGGCCGCCUUUCUGGGUGACUUGUUUCUCUGGGUCAUAGAGUAUUGGUCGAAUUGUGUCGAUGCCUUGGCGCCGGCCUUGCCUAGGGUUGUCUGGGUGGUUGGUUUCUCGUCUUUUGCGGGGGCCAGCAUGCCCGUAGCCAUCAUGUCGGACUUCUUGUCAGCACUCACCAUCCACAUAUAUUCGUUUUACCUUGCCUCAGCGCGCAUUUUCCACUGGCAGCUGACGAUCCUGCAAUCCCUGUUCCAUCUGUUCCGCGGGAGAAAGCACAAUGUCCUCCGCAACCGUAUAGACUCUUGCGACUACGAUCUCGACCAGCUGCUGGUCGGUACCAUUCUGUUUACCGUACUCUUCUUUUUGCUCCCGACAGUGGUGGUAUUCUACCUGAACUUUGCCAUUGCAAGAAUGGUCAUCAUCUCGUUCAAGGCCUCGUUUGACACGUGCCUCUCGUUCCUGAACCACUUCCCCUUGUUUGCAUUCAUGUUGAGAUGCAAGGACCCUAGACGUUUGCCAGGCGGAAUUCAUUUUGAACUUCGAGAUAGCCAAGAAAACAAUGCUCCUCAAUCGAAUGAUGGAUCCAAAGACCUACCUACGUCGGUCAUCUAUCUCAAGGUACCUGUGUUGGCAGCUGGGCGAGGAGAGAAGGAAACUGACGUGUGCAACCUGCAGUCUAUACCACUCAGCUUCAAAGCCAUGUUUCAUCAGUAUUUCCAGAUGGCGAACCGCAUCCGCAAGCACUACCUCUCACCGAGCGUGCUCCUUUGCCUCCUGACGGGCAAAUAUGUUCCGCCCAUCGACCGGAGGGACCUGUACAGCCUGCAGUACAGUAUGCUACCCGCACGACGGCCUACGGUGGGCGAGAUGUGGCGUGCCAUUAACACAGAGGUGGCGAUGCCGCAGAGGAAGGCAGUGACCUUACUGCCGUAUAUACCGCCGUUACCGAAUGGGGGACGACGCAAUGGGCGGACGCGGGUGAAUCGCUGA